AUGGUCAAAGCCACCUUCUCUGUGUCCUGGUUGGCCCGGAGCAGCCGCGACGGAUCCACCGAAAGCAAACGUGAGCCAGAAACCAUCAGGAUGUACAUCCCAUGUGCGCCCCCGCCACGGGCUCCAAGUCUGUAUGCGAGAGACUGUGCGCAGCCCAAACCAAGAGGCUGUCACCCGGACCCGAGAGCAGCGCAGAAACAUUCCCUGUCGGCAGCAGGAGCUCAGCUGCUGAAUUCACCGGAUCACAUCGGGUCCGACCCAACCUUGACUGGUUCAUCGGGCGACUGUGCGUCCGAGGGCAGUCGUGACGACUGUUGCGGGGAUGGCAGUGAGUGCGGCGGCUCGGAUUGCUCGGGCCGGGAGGAGGCAGAGGGGACCCCCGGCUCCCAGCGCGGUGCCCCCCGCAGAGCGCGCACAGCUUUCACCGCCCAACAGAUCCACAGACUGGAGAAGAGGUUCAAACGCCAGACCUACCUGGGAGGGUCGGAGCGAGUCCGGUUGGCAGCUUCGCUCCACUUGUCCGAGACCCAGGUGAAAACGUGGUUCCAGAACCGCAGGAUGAAGCUUAAACGGCAGUUGCAGGAUCUGUCCUCGGCUUCUUAUAAUCCAGUUCUGCUGUCACGCCUGAUGCCAACUGGUGAUGCACCUCUAUGCAGUUUUGUGGGACAGUCCCUCAAUGGGCUGAGUAACUUUCAAAGUGCUGUGGUUAAUGCCAAUGCCAACCUUCGCCUACCACAGGCUGCUUAUCAGCCAUAUAGCCUGUUGCCAUUCCGUGAACAAUAUUCAUUUCUGGAUCAAGGCACUUUGAGCCACGAGUCUCACAAUUACCCGUUAUUGUUGAACACCUCUGCUGAUCACCUCUGGACUGUACAUCAGUUGAUGGCAACGCUGCGUUAA